AUGCUUAGUUUCGAGCGUUUCAGAUCCACAAUGCCAAGAGAUGAUCCGAUAGUUGAGGAAGAACGAAGAGCUCAUACAGCGACGGAUCUGCUGCGGAUGCGCCUUGAGAGGUUGCAGCAGAACAUCAAUAAGCCUGCACCAAUACCUGCACGUCGCGCCGAGAUCAAGCCUCCCCGUCCACCUCCAGAAUUUGUCAGAAAUGUCGUCGGUUCGUCCGCAGCAGCAGGAAGUGCAGAAUACCAUAUCUACAGGAUCAAUCGUAAGAAAGAACAAAAUCGACUAGAUUACAUAGCUAAAGUAGCGGAGACAGAAGAGCUCGAUGAGCAGUAUAGGAAGCACAAGGAAGAAAUAGAAAGGAUAGAAGCGGAGCGCACGGCAAAGAAAAGGGCGAAACGGCUGCGUAAGAAGGAGAGAGCAAAGAGGCGGAAAAAGGUGAAAAACGAGGAAAGUAGUGAAGAAAGCUCAGAUAGCUCCGAUGAAGAAGAAGGAAGUGGCAAUGAGAAUGAUCAAAGCAGUGAGAAGAAAAGCACAUGUGAGGAGCAAGCUAAGGAAUCAAUAGACCAGGAUCUCGUCAAAGAAGAAGUAUCGCCAUAA